CACACUCUCUUCGCAGCAGCAGCAGCGCGGCCCGGCCAGGCCCAGACCGCACCCGACCCCCGAUCUGGUUGAAUCCGUCCAAUCCAAGGAGCACUCGCAAUCGCACCGGCGGCGGAGAUGGGCGGCGACCAUGGCGGCCACGGCCCUAGCGGCGGCGACUUCCGGCAGAAGGUGUGGAGCAUGACCGGCGGGCCCUACUGCCGGCCCGUCCACUGGCGCCGCAACACCGCCAUCGCCAUGGUCGGCAUCUUCCUUGUCUGCAUCCCCAUCGCCAUGAAAUCCGCCGAGCUCGAGCAACGCCCGCAUCACCCAGUCCGGCCAAUCCCAUCCCAGCUUUGGUGCAAGAACUUUGGCAAGAAGGAGUACUGAAGGAUGUGCCGACUUUCAUGGAGAAAGUCAUUCUUUUACCUUUGUGCCUUCUUUUGUCAUAACCGGUCCGCAGCGAUCGAAGCUGGAAGAAGUACGCUACGAUAGCGUUAUGUAACUCUUGUGACUUCUUAGUAUCACAUACAAGGAGUGCCUGUUUGUUUGCGAUUCAAAUAAACUCGUGAUGCAUGAGCGCCUGUAUGGAUCUACUUUAGGAUCAAAUCCUAUGGUUAUAGACAUCGUCUGUUCUCCUUUUUGGUUUCCCACUGCAUGUGGAUGUUAGUACUGGUUUUCUUGUAUUCCUGAAGUUAUGAUGCUUUGGGUUCAUCUCAAAUAUCCGCUGGUUGUGUUCUUUGGA